ACGUGAUGUUGCCGGACGUGGGCCGUUCAUUGGUGAAUCGAUUUGCAUCUUUUGAUGCUUAAAACGCAAACUCAUUCAUUUACAGCGACCAUCGACAUGUAACGGGGUUUUUUUUUUGAUUUUUUUUAAAGUACAGUUAUUCUGAAUUUACCGUCAACGUCUGUGUGUGUGUGUAAAAAGAAAGAGAGGAGGUAACGUUAAACUAAUCCCCGCUCCUCUCCUCCCGGUUGCCGCUGCUCUGGUUCCGCUAUGGGCGGCUCUCUUCUCCCGCUGUUCGUCGUCGUGCUGACAGCCCGCUCGGCUGUCGGAGACCCGGCGGGAUCCGCUCAUGUCGACGGAGCUCCGCCUUCUAAAAUAGCGGUGGUCGGAGCGGGCAUAGGAGGCAGCGCCACCGCACAUUUCCUGCGGCAGCACUUUGGUCCUGAGGUGCAGGUGGACGUGUUUGAGAAAGGGGAGGUUGGAGGUCGUCUCGCCACUGUAACCGUCAACCAUCUUGACUACGAGUCCGGAGGUUCCAUCAUUCACUCCCUGAACCUCCACAUGCAGGAAUUUGUCAAACAGCUAGGUUUAAAGUAUCGCCGCAGCGUCGCAGGUAAGACGGCGGUGUUUAACGGCGAAGAGGUGAUUCUGGAGGAGACAGACUGGUACCUGCUGGACCUGUUCCGGCUGUGGUGGCGCUAUGGCAUUAGCUUCAUGCGCCUGCAGAUGUGGGUGGAGGAAAUUAUGGAGAAAUUCAUGAGGAUCUACAAGUACCAGGCCCAUGGCUAUGCCUUCAGCUCGGUGGAGGAACUGCUCGACUCUCUCGGUGGGAGCGGCUUCAUCAACAUGACCCGAAGACCGCUCUCUGAUUCGCUUCUGGAGCUGGGGGUGUCGCAGCGCUUCAUCGACGAGGUCAUCGCACCCGUCAUGAGGGUCAACUACGGGCAGAAUGUCAGCAUCCCCGCCUUUGUAGGCGCUGUGUCUUUAGCUGGUGCCCAGAACAACCUGUGGGCGGUGGAAGGAGGCAACAAGCUGGUGUGUUCUGGCCUGUUGAAGAUGGCCAACGCUAACCUGCUGCAAGCACAAGUCAACUCCAUCUCCCCAGUCUACUCAGCGGAGGCGCCCCAGUACCAGUUGAGCUUCACCACAGCAGCAGGGACGGGAUCAGAGCUGUAUGACAUUGUGGUGUUGGCGACGCCGCUCCAGGAAAGUGUCAGGUCCGGCGUCCACUUCCAAGGUUUCACCCCUGCCUUUGAACAGCUUCCCGGCAACUAUCACAGCACUGUAGCAACCAUUGUCCAUGGUUACCUCAACACUUCUUUCUUUGGUUUCCCGGACCCCCGCCUGUUCCCCUUUGCCAGUGUCUUGACAACUGAGACACCCGAUCUGUUUUUCAACAGCGUAGCUAGCGUUUGUCCGGUCAACAUCUCGGCGGGCUUCAGGCGUAAGCAGCCACAAGAGGCUGGAGUCUAUAAAGUGUUCUCGCCACAACCUCUGGACAAGACUCAACUCAAAACACUCUUCAGGUCGUACUACUCAGUGCAGGUGACAGAGUGGCAGGCCUACCCCAGUUAUGGCAGCAGCCAGGGUCUGCCGCCUGUGGAGCUCCACCCCAAUCUCUACUACCUCAAUGGUAUCGAGUUGGCCGGCAGUGCCAUGGAGAUGAGCUCAGUGGCCGCCAAGAACAUCGCCCUGCUGGCUUACCACCGCUGGAACAGACAGACAGACAUGGUGGACCAGAGAGACCUGAUGCACAGGAUCAAGACUGAGCUAUGACCUGGUCAGCUGAAAGCAUGCCUCAGCGAAGUUACUCCAAAAUGUGUUUAUGUGGGGAAGCAGAGCAAGGGUUUAUGGGUAACUGAAGCUCUCAUAGCUACAUGUACACACAUCCAAAGUAUUAACUACACUCAAUUAAAUUUUAUGUCCUGCUGAAUUCUGAGCCAGGGAGAUUCUCGUAUUAGGGUACUUAGCUGUUACUAGAUUACAAGGUUGACUUGUGAGAAGUCUUCAGUGUAUUUACAGACACAUCCGAGCAAUAUAUUACUACAUUAUUACUAAUACAACAAAUUAAUCAUUAUAUAUAUUGAACAUAAUCGGACCCUGCCUUAUCUUCAUUAAGCUUAAACACACAUUGUCAUACAGAAAAACAAGCAAGUAUCAAAGUCAAAUAGUGUAAAACUCAUCUUAAUAGGGCCACUCAAGCCGACAGUACUUCUGCCAAAGCUCAGCUUCGUUUUGCUGAUUGCGUCGUUCUCUGUGCCAGCGACAUUUCAGAUAUAUAAAACAUAUCAGAGUACUGGUUGGGGAAUGAUUGCUAAUGCUAAUUAGUGGUUUCAU